AUCACUUGACUGUUGUCGGUAGGAACGCCUCAGCGAGAUGACAGACGUGUGCUAACGGCUAAUCCCGAGCCAUAUUUCGAGGGAUUCCAUGGAUUUACCCGACGUUCGUUGUUGUAGCUCUUGUGACUUUUAACCUUGUCAAGAUCAGCCGGCGUCCGUCGGUAUCAACGUUACGCCGUGACGUGGGUGUGCAGCAGGAGGCUUACAGGUUUAGGAUCUACGUGUCGAUUUAAUGCUUGCUCAAGGUUUAAUAUUCAGGAAACUUGAGCAGCAGGCUGGCGUGUAAUGGCCAGAUCUUCGCCCAGUGAAACUACAGUCUGUCGUGAUGUCGGAGUCUAAGCCCCCCACUCCAACUCCCCCUGGAGACAUGUACAAGGGUUGGCUCUUCAAAUGGACCAACUACAUCAAAGGUUACCAGAGACGCUGGUUUGUUCUCAGCAAUGGACUGUUGUCUUACUACAGGACUCAGGCAGAGAUGGGGCACACAUGUCGCGGCACCAUCAACUUGGCCACCGCCAACAUUGCUGUGGAGGACUCGUGCAAUUUUGUCAUUUCCAACGGCGGCGCGCAGACCUACCACCUGAAAGCCAGCUCGGAAGUAGAGCGGCAGCGAUGGAUCACUGCUCUGGAGCUCGCCAAGGCAAAGGCCGUCCACAUGCAGGCAGAAUCUGACGACUCUGGGGACGACUGUCCCGCAGUGCCCCCCUCCUCUGGACAGGGUGGAGGCUGCCGUAACUUAGAAAUCCAGUCCACACUUCGCACACUUGGCAGUAAGGUGGAGGACCUCAACACCUGCAAUGAUCUCAUUGUAAAGCACGGGUCUGCCCUCCAGAGGUCUUUGUCAGAACUGGAGGGGAUUCGUGUCGUAGGAGACAUGGGGGAAAAGAUGAGACAAGUUACAGAAAGAGCCACACUGUUCAGAAUCACCUCUAAUGCCAUGAUCAACGCAUGUAGGGACUUCCUCUCACUGGCCCAGAACCACAGUAAGCGUUGGCAGAAGGCCUUACAGGCGGAAAGAGACCAGAGGAUACGGCUGGAGGAGACUCUGGAGCAGCUGGCCAAACAGCACAAUCACUUGGAAAGAGCUUUCAGGGGAGCUACAGUUCUGCCCUCUUCAUUCAGCAACCCCGCCUUAGCUAACAAAGGUGGUGCUUCAGUAAAAGGGGAUGCCAGCGACGAGGAUGACGACAACGAGUUCUUUGACGCUAUGGAAGACCCAGCAGGGUUCAUCACGGUCCCCGCUGACCCCAAGUAUCACAGUGUUGCUUGUCUGUCCAUCAGGAGGUCGGGCAGCAACGUCAGUGGGCUCAGCAGUGAGAUCGGAAUGGACGAGCAGUCAGUAAACUUUGAUGAACAGUCUAUGGUGUCCAACCCAGAGUCCCCACCGCCCCUUGAGCUAGAGCCUGUUCGACAGAGACGGACUCGCAUCCCGGACAAGCCCAACUAUUACCUCAAUCUGUGGAGCAUCAUGAAGAAUUGUAUCGGAAAGGAGCUCUCAAAGAUACCAAUGCCUGUGAAUUUCAAUGAGCCCCUCUCAAUGCUGCAACGUCUGUCCGAAGACCUGGAGUACUACGAGCUGCUGGACAAGGCUGCCAAAUGCCAGAGCUCUCUAGAGCAGAUGUGCUAUGUGGCCGCUUUCACCGUCUCCUCCUACUCCACCACUGUCCACCGCACAGGGAAACCCUUCAAUCCUCUGCUGGGAGAAACCUUUGAGCUUGAUCGGCUAAAAGAUUGUGGCUACCGCUCUCUCUGUGAACAGGUGAGUCACCACCCACCUGCUGCAGCUCACCACGCCAGCUCUGAAAAGGGCUGGACCCUCAGACAAGAAAUUACCCUGGCAAGCAAGUUUAGAGGAAAAUAUCUCUCAAUCAUGCCUCUGGGUUCUAUCCAGUGUUUAUUUGACAAGAGCGACAAUCACUACUCUUGGAAGAAAGUGACUACAACCGUACACAACAUCAUUGUUGGAAAGUUGUGGAUUGACCAGUCAGGGGAGAUAGAUGUUGUGAACCACAAGACAGGAGAUCGCUGCCACCUCAAGUUUGCCCCCUACAGUUACUUCUCCAGAGAUGUACCAAGAAAGGUAACUGGAGUGGUAACGGACAAGGAAGGGAAGGCCCACUACGUGCUCUCGGGAACCUGGGAUGAGAAGAUGGAGUUCUCCAGGAUAAUGCAGAGCAGCAAAGGCGAGAACGGCACCGAAGGCAAACAGAGGACCGUCUAUCAGACCCUCAAAGCCAAAGAGAUCUGGAGGAAGAACCCGUUACCGGAGGGAGCAGAAAACAUGUAUUUCUUCUCCUCGCUGGCCUUGACGCUCAACGACCCCGAGGAGGGAGUGGCGCCGACGGACUGUCGGCGGCGUCCCGACCAAAGGCUAAUGGAGGACGGCCGCUGGGACGAGGCCAACGCCGAGAAGCAGCGGCUAGAAGAGAAGCAGCGCACUGUCCGCCGGGAACGGGAGAGGGAGGCUGUUAAAGCAGCCUCUUCACCCGAGGAAGCUGUCACUGAGGAUUCAAUCACUGAUUCACCCUCAAAAACCGAUGCAGUGGAGACUGGCACAGAAGCAAAUGAGGUUUUUGAUGAAAGCACCCAUCCAGACAGCUACCAAGCCUUGUGGUUCGAGAAGUUGGACGACCCCGUGUCCGGAGAGACCUUGCACGUGUACAAGGGCGGCUACUGGGAGGCUAAGGAGCAAGGCAGCUGGGACAUGUGCCCGGAAAUCUUCUGAUCAGCUGAGUCUCCCUCCGUGGUGUACAAACCUUACAUCCGCUGAAACGGGGGAUUCAAGCCUGACGUCGAGCCGUCUUCGAUCGCCGUAGCUUCAACUGAUCGCCCCACUUGGUUUCCCCCCCCCCGCUCCUUGUCCAGCAGUGAUUUGCUCAGGGUUAAAGGGCAAAAUCAGACACGGUGACUAAUUGUAGCAUUCCGAAUUCCCUCUCACUGCCUCUCAAACGCUGGUGUUUAUCUUGAUCCAUGGCUUUUUUUUUCCUCAGUCCUUUCUUCUUUGGUACAGCCUUUGAUUUGCUAUCGGCCUCAAGUUGUUCUACUAAUGUCAUCAUGCAUUUUCUUUAAACGCACUACUAUCAAAAGCAUAAUUCAUACAGAUGACCUCUUACAACAUACAGAGUUUGUUUGGAUAGAGCAACUACAGGAUAUGUCACUUAUGUUUGUGUGUGUUGUGCACUCUUGAGUAUGGAUACUUUUGCAAUGAAUGAGUUUGAUCCUGGCCUAAUAUUUAAAAAAAAUCUCUACCAGGUUCAGACAGCAUCAAAUUAAUAAAUGCAUCGGUUUAGUGUGUCUUGACACGAGAGAGAGAAAUGUUGUUUCUUAAAGUAAUUAAUGAUGUACUGUUAUUGUCUAAAUGGUUUGGCUUGAAGUGUCACAAACACAAAACCAUGAUACAACAUUUGCCUUUGAAUUAAUGGUAUUUUGUGGCUUUACUUACCUGGGGUAUGCUAUACACACACAUAUUAGCCUUUAUAAGUUCUACAAUUAAUUAAUCCAUUCAAAAAUUUGUUUGAUUUUGUUUUUCGACAUCAUCCCAAAUCCCCUGUAAAGAACUUGGUAGAUGUGAAAGUAGCUCCUUUAUGAUUAUUCCUGUCUUAAUAAGGCUGCGUUAAAUCCGGUUUGGUCAUUUAAAAAAAAAAAAGUUUGUUGGUGAUAUCUCUCUAUGUUUAUAGAGAUGUGUGUGUGUGUGCGUGUGUGCUAUAUAUUAUCUAUAUAUAUAUAUAUAUCUAUAUAUAUAUAUCUAUCUAUAUAUAUAUAUAUAUAUAAGAUACUUAUAUACGCAAAGUUUUUUAACCUUUCUUUUCACUAUAUAAGAAUCAAUUCUAAUGUUUUUUUAUUCAGAAAGAAUAAUUACCAUUUUCUAUGUAGCACAUUAAGUUGAAUAAAAUAUAUGUUCUUUAUUUUAUAUGAUACAAUUUUGAACACUAUAUUAAUUAAAAUAGUGGUAGAAAUGUAUAAGUACCAAUGAAAAUAUGAAGUAAAAAAUUACCGAUGGCACUAUUUAUUUCUUGUACUUUGUCUUUCAUCAAUUAUUUUAAAGAGUUACUAAAUCUUGUUUUUGAGUUUGUAAAUUAUUCCAUCACUACAUUACACUAAAAGUAGACUUUGUUCCCAUUCUAAAGUCUUCAUUCCAACAAAAAUUAUUUCCAUUUCUUACAGAUACAAAAUCCGAUAAUUAUGUCCUGUAAACCUCACGAGACGGUGAAAAAGCUCGAGGUCGCGUUGACCUGUUGGAUAGACGACAGAUAAAAUGCUGGAAACUUGUAAAGGAUAAAAAAGGGAUUUUAAAUCUAUGUUGAACAGAUUAUUGAGAGUAUGGGCGUCGUACAAUUGCAUUAUAAGGUUUGUGAGAUUUACUAAUCGUUGUGUUUAAGAUAAAAGUAUUUUGAUUCUCCACCAAGUACAGACGUGUAUUUUCAUACCUAAACUUUGUGCCCUCACUUCAAUCAUCAAAAUUCUGCUCUUAAAGUUAAUGCUUUACAUCUGAUUUCUACUUUCCUGAUGAUUAGUGAAGUAAAGGGACACAUGAGGCAAGUUUGUAUUUGUUUUUCCGGUUUCCCUCAAACAUUUAAAUAACAGCUUUAAUCGUGGUGUUUUGCGAGUAGUUUUUUUUAACAGACAGCAAUAACAGUGCCUCAAAAUGAAAUGUGUGAAGAGAGAUUGCUAAAAUGGCAAAAACUGAAAUGUAUCAUUGUACUAGUCAGUGUUUGUCAUAUGAAUGGAAGGACUGUGUGGUUGUUGCAAAAUCUAAAUUUCAUUUUCUAUUCAAGUGUACUUAAAACACUUAAAAUGAGGAUCUUAAUACAUGUUGUAUUUCUGCAAACAUAUUAAACAGUAAUGUAAUCGUGAUAUUAACUGGUUGUAUUGAUAGAUAAUUUAAUGGCUUUAUGUUUUGUUGCUUUGUUCAUUCAUUCAGUCACCGUCUAGAUGUCUUUAUUUGAAUAUUCAUUUGUUUGGUUCUGAAUCAUUCCCUCGUUUGAUUUACGCUUUCUUCAUACAACAUUUAAGUAGAUGCUGAAGACUGUGUUUGAGGAAUGUACUGCUCGAUACAACUCCAUGUCUCUCAGAUUUCAGAUUUGACAGCUUUCCGGCUCUUCUGUCCCUUUCAUUUGUAUAAUCUGGAUUUUUAAUCAUGGCUCGUAAUUUCUGAAGUUUUCUCCCUCGUUGUUCCCAGCUGUGUUUGCCUUGCAAAGUGGAGACGAUCCCGAUCCCACAACUCACCAAAAUUGACUCACGGUGUACGAACGUACUAUACAUUAUUCAUCGUGCCCUAGUCGAUGUUUGCUACCUGAGCCGUGUUACGUAAUUGCAAACAUACAUACGUGUUAGAAUUUACAUAUUGACUCACUGUUCUACAAAGUACUUUUGUAUGCUUUAAUGCAGUUUAUUUUAGCAGGAUGGGAGGGGUUAGUAACAUUAAAGUAUGAAUUAAAAUGCAUAUUGGUGUUUUUUGAUUUUCCAAAAUAAUGCUCCACAAAGAUGCUUACACUUGUUUGGAAGUGUUUUGAAAAGCUUUUGUGAACAAAAAUAAAAUAAUUUUCUUCUAUUGUA